UCUUCAAAGACACGAAGCCAGUGUAUUCGUUCCUUGACGUCGAGGACGAGUAGCCUAAAAAAGAGGCAGUUCUUCGAUUUAUAUGAUACCCCGUAACCCACGGCAAAAUGGCUAGUGCCCAGAUGGUGCAGGCAGGAGGUAUUUCGCUCGCAAUUCGGACACUUCACUCUUUUCUUCCACUCGUCGUAGCAGUCUCCUUUGCUAUUUCAUACAUCGCCAGUGCCUUACGGAAGAACGACCAUGGUGGGAAGCUGCACAGAGGUCGCAGCAGGGAGAUUGUUCUGUGGAUGAUCUCCACAGUCCUUACUACAUACUGUCUAGAUUCUGUAAUCCUCAUCUAUGUUGCCUUCUCCAACAAUCGUGGAAUUGUACCGCAGGAUCAUAUUGUAUUCUCGCUGAGUUCAAUCUUGCUAUGGAUUGCACUGAUUUUCGGUUUUGUCGACUAUGCAUCGACUCCGUGGUACCCGUUCUACGGUCCUUGGGUCACGUACAUGGUCACCGAGGCCGCUCUGUUGGGACUGUCUACUCGCGCUCCACAGGAAAUCACAUAUUAUAAGACAAUGAUGUGGAUCCAGAUACUGCGCCUCUGUGUCUUAUGUUCGCUACUCUGCUUCUCUUUCUCCUCUGACUUCCACAAUAGGAGAGCAAGGAGAGUGAAUACUGAUGAGGAGACUGCACCCUUGUUGGCCCCUGGAAAUGCCGAUACCAACCAUCUGGAAUCCCCUCAACAAUGUUCAUUGGUGAACAACUACGAAACAAUUAAUGGAGAGGGGGAUGGAUCAAGUGACCUCCAUCAUGAUAGAGGGAAGAAGGGGGAUCCAGAAAAACAAUCUAAUGUCCUCGAGGAUUUCAUGUUUCUUCUUCCGUUCUUUUGGCCUAAGACAAAGCCUCGCCUGCAAUUACUCUACGGCGGUGUAGGUUUGUGUUUAGUGGUCGACCGUGUACUCAACAUCUUUGUUCCCAUACAACUUGGUCUAAUAACAAAUGUCUUGAGCAGACAAAAGGAAACGGUUCCUUGGAAGGAGAUAGUGGUCUUUGCUGCACUCCGUUUCCUAGAUUCCAGUGGCGGCGUCUCGGCCAUCCGACGGUAUCUAUGGCAGCCAUUAGAGAAUUUUACAUAUCACGAGAUCAGUACUGCAGCCUUCAAUAAAAUAAUGACGUUGUCAAGCGACUUCCAUGAUAAUAAGCAUUCUGGCAGCCUGUGGCAGACUGUCAGCCGUGGGAGAUCCAUCCGCCAUGUCGUCGACUCCGUCCUAUUCCAAAUUGGGCCGAUGAUAGUCGAUCUUGUGUUGGCCGUGAGUAUUCUCUACUAUCUGUUCGACGCCUAUAUGGCUUUGAUUACAGCAGCGGUCUUCAUCUUCUACCUAUGGUCUUCGAGUAAGAUCUUGGCCAAGCAAAAGGAUAAACAGAGGCAAUUGAUAUCAACUGUGGAGAAGGAAUAUGAUGUGCUCUGCGAAUCGACCUCCAAUUGGCAGACAAUUUCGUACUUCAACCGGGUCGAUUAUGAGAAAGACCAUUAUUCAUCUGCAGUCAAGAAUCACAUGAACUCGUCACUGACGUUCACAUUGUGGUCUAACUUCGAGUCAGUAGCACAGUCAUUCCUGCUUGUUGGCGGUUUGACGGGAGCAUGCUUCCUUGCCGCAUAUCAAGUUGCUCAGGGGCGCAAGUCUGUAGGUAGUUUUGUGAUGCUUCUAAGCUAUUGGGCUCAGUUAUCUGGGCCUCUCAGGUUUUUCGCCCAUGGAUUCUGCAACUUCGCUCUUGACAUGAUCGACGCGGAGGAGCUAGUCCGUUUGCUGAGACAGAAACCAACCAUUCAUGAUCACCCAGGGGCUAAGGAACUAGUGCUUGACCAAGGAGAAAUUACGUUUGAUAAGGUCUGCUUUUCUUAUGACGGCCGGAGAAAGAUCCUAAAAGACGUCAGCUUUCGUGUUCGUCCUGGUGAGACCGUGGCACUCGUGGGAGAGACUGGAGGAGGGAAAUCAACUAUAUUAAAAUUGAUUUCACGCUUCUACGACCCAGAAAGCGGCAAAGUGACAAUUGAUGGCCAGGAUAUCCGUGAUGUCACUUUGGACAGUCUCCGCGCAAAUAUCGGCAUUGUACCUCAGGAUCCAGCACUUUUUCACGACACUAUCAUCAAUAACAUUAGAUAUGCCAAUCCUUCAGCAACUGACGAAGAGAUAUAUGAAGCAUGCAAAGCUGUUGCACUACAUGACAAAUUUCUAAGUUUUCCUGACGGGUAUCGAACACUUGUUGGUGAGCGCGGAGUCAAGCUGUCUGGUGGAGAGCUCCAAAGAGUGGCUAUAGCAAGGGUUAUAAUCAGAGAUCCUAGUAUAGUUCUUCUUGAUGAGGCAACCAGCAGCGUGGACAGCAACACAGAGAUGCAAAUCCAAAACAGUCUAGGGAAACUCACUGCUGGACGCACAACCCUAGUUAUCGCACACCGUCUUUCUACCGUGAUCAACGCAGAUAAGAUCCUCGUCAUUGAUGCAGGAAAUAUUGUUGAAGAAGGCCCUCAUGAGGAGCUCCUGAAGAGAAAAGGGAACUAUUAUCGCUUAUGGUCACAUCAGUCUAGCCUGAAAUCCUCGAUCCAGAAGCGCAAAACGGGCGAUUCACAAUCUACCGGAACGCUCCCUGCUAAAGGAUGGCCCGGUGGAAGAUCAUCUAAAACUGGUAAUGGUACAGAAACUGUGCGCGAGAUCUCUGUAAGAAGCGACAGAGAACCCCUAUAUCACGAUGACUUGAGUACAGAUCAAGAGGAAGGUUAUGGGGAACCAGAUUUGAUUCUCGAUAUUGCCUCAAACAGCUUUCUCGACCUCGACAAAGACCAUUCGAAGAUAUCUUCUCUCAAGCCAGAUGCUCCCGAAUUUAUCCCACAGCGCUUACAACGUACGGAAACCCCUGCUUCAUCCGCUCUCUAUGGGUAUAAUACAAUCAUCAAGCCCGCUAAAGACAAUGCUGGGUCCAAUCACAUCGGAAAAGAGAACUACAGAGGAAAGGCUACAGAACAUGCUGCAUGCGACCAUGGGCUAGACUCGAACGGGCAGGUCUCAGACAGCUUGCGUACAGUGACUAAAAGAAGCGACAUUAUUGAGGAGGCCAGCUCGACUACUGCCCGAGUUCGAGUAGCGACGGCUCUAGGUCUUCAGCGGGCUGUCAAUUGCAGCACAGUGAACGCAGACGUGAGUCCUAGUAAAGCGCACAAACAUAAGAAAAAGCGGAUAUCUCGAAAGAGAUUAUCCAAAAGUGAACCGCCUUCUCUCGGUUAAGACACCAAACAUGUCAGCUCCGUGCCAGUGGUGACCAGGAAUUCGGUAUAUGGACACUGAUAUUGUUAGAAUGAGAAUGCCCUCGAAAGCUAGUCUAUCUCUCGGUUCGAUGGAAGAGACCUUGGGACGGUACGAGAUGCGAUGCCAUCAUGCAUGAGAUGUUGACCCGUGUCGGCCAGUGGAUGGCUGCUGUGAGCAAGGAAAUUAUUUAAUUUUAAUGAAGAAUA